AUGAAGAAGAGCAACCAGUUCAAGACCCACCGCCUCUCUCCGAUUUCCCUCCUCCACCGUUUCCGGGAAGCCGUCUUCCGCCUCAUCAUGAUCUCCGCCCUCUCCAAGCCCACCAGGCCCAGGCCCAGGCCCGCUUCGCCUUCGGAUACUUACCACCACCGCCGCCAUCUGGCUGAUCCUUACAACAGCGAAGCACUCGCCGACUGCAUCGAGUUCAUCAAGAAGACAUCCGUAACGGUACACGCCGACACUUCCGCCGCCGCCGCCGCCGCCUCCAAUACCACGGUGAUGCCUGUCCCGGUCAUGUGA